AUGUUGUCGGCUCGUGUCCGGUGUCCUCUUCCUGCGUCCCGUCAACGAAGAAUGUCGCAAUUUGUUGCAGCACAACAGCAAUGUGCCCAGGACAACGAAUUCCAUAAAAAUUUGCCAUGCGGACUGACUGUGAAUUUUAGCACUGUGGCUGGCUUUCACAUGUGCUGCUCACAUACUGCCAGUAAUGCAGUCGAAGUGGUUUCAUAUCCAAACGCUGAAUGCCCGAACGAUCUUCCAACCAACGGCCAGCACUGCGAGAUCAAUGGCGCCAGUGUUUGCCCUACAGGUUACACCUGCCUCAACCGGAACCCUUCACCGGACGGUCUUUGUUGUAAGGGGAAGCCAGCCUGCCUGAAAGGAAGGACGUAUCUCGCUUCCGGACAAAAGGUUGGUUAUUAUUAG